AUAAUACAAGUAAACUGCUAGAGGUGAGAUGGAUUGAUAUUGAAACCUAGUAUAAAGACUGUUUUCUGAUAUGCUGAUGCGCGAUACUUUGGCGGCGCCAUGUAUAACGUACAUGCACGCUUCAGACGCUUCGUAUGGACUUAACGUUGUUAUUAAGCUUUAUUAUUAUGAUUUUUUUAUUGAUUUAUUAUGAAGCUCGCGUUCGCAAGGAUGGGGUACAACUGAACAACAAUUAGGACAGGUUUUGAAUAACCCAGUCAUAUGAACAACAAUCUGUUAGCAUGUCAGGAAGAAGAUCUGCCAAGCUUUUGGUGAUUGUGAGUCAAGAUGAUUCAAGAAAGUUGCUUCUGCCAGAUGGAAUUCCUGAAUCAGUGGAUGAGCUCAUUGAAAAAGUGAGGGAAGCUUUUGGAUUAAAUUGUAGAUUCAGACUACAGUAUCAGGACAAAGAUUUUGGGGAUGUAUUUGUAAAUUUGACGGACACUGGAGAACUUGAGAGUCUUGGCACUCUAAAGAUUAUCCCGUUGCCAGACGAAGACUCAUUCACUGCUCAAACAAAUGAUGGGACCCAGUCUAAUGAUGAUGCUCUGUCCUCCGUUGGCUCUGGAGACACUGAUGAUACAAUCAUCCUCUCACCUUCUGGCUCAGAAACAGUUUCUACAAGAAAUCAACAGUGGCCAAAAGAAUUUAAUAUUCCACGCUUUUCUUAUGACACUGAACUCCAAUUAGAGAGAGGAAAUGCUCUUUUUAAGGCUAACGGAACAAGGCUGACUGUCACUCCCAAGAUGAAGUCUGAUAUUCUGGAGAAGGUUUGUGAUGAGAUAUACAAAUAUAAAUCUUAUCCCAGCAGUGCAAACUUCUGUGAAGUUUCAGAGGCACUUAUCAAGAAACACCCUUGCUUAGCAGAAAAAGGAUCCUUCAAUGGGUGCUAUGGGUGGACACAGAGACUCAAAAUGAAGAUGGGAAACCUACGCACACAGUUGAAAGGUCUCGGAUGCCCUGAGUAUUUGGUCAAUUCUCUGAAAACCAAAGCCACAGACCAUGCUUUUCCAGCAAAAAAUGUUAAACGACCUAAACGUGGUGAGGCCAAUCAUAUCCCAUCCCUUCCUGCCGGAGAGACAUCAGCAAACCUUGAAGUUGAGCGCCUGGCGCUUUUAAAGGAAGUGAAGAAAAGAAACAAUGCAAUGACAAUCAGAGAAAAAAUGACAAAGACGUUUGCCUUACGCAGACAAGAGAUUGUGGAAAACCAACCUAGUGUUCAAGAACUGCAAGAAAGAUGGCCAGCUCUGUUUCAACAAGAGGAGAUUAAUGCCGAAUUUUUGCGCAUCACGACCUUACCUCUACAGUCGAGAUUUAUGGCCUCUUUGGACAGACAGAGCUCUCAGCUUCUCCAGGUUAUUAGGAGCAAAGGUGGAGUCCUCCGUGAAAAAACUAAGGACACUAUUAAAGUUAUGGAUCAGAGUCUGGACAUAGACAUCAGAAGAGAGUGCCUGCUGAAGUGCCUGAUCAUGUACCUUGGUGAAGAUGCAAGCUGUCUGAUCAAAGAAUACCAGGCUGACCAGAGGGAGGAAGCGGAAAGAGAAUUUGAAAAGACCACCAUGGCAUUUUUUGUGAUCCGUGAAAGUGAUGCUCUUAGUCGUGCACUGGACAUUUCCAUUGUCAUUGACGGUGUAGAAGUACUAAAUGAGUUGCCCUCUGUUGCAUGUGCCUGUGCCAUGAUGUUUGGACUCAUAUAUGCACUGAACUUAAAAUAUCCUGAAGGACUCAAAUAUACCUUCGAGGCCUUUCAAAAAAUAAUCAUGGACAUAGAGAGUAAGCAGAUGAGCCGAAGGGUGCAGAACCUCUCUUCAAAGCUGCAGGAGUAAGCAGAUGAGCUGAAGGGUGCAGAACCUCUCUUCAAAGCUGCAGGAGUAAAUUUGUUUCUUUUGACCCAGCUACAAUGUUCUGCUGAUGGUAAAUUGUUUUGAAGAUGUUGGACUGUAUAAAGCCUUUUAUAUGAAGUUAACUGUACUACUGUUUACCAAACCUGAUUUGUUUUAUCUUGGUUAAAUUCUUAUGUUGUUUACUCAUCCUUAAGCUAUUCAAGCUUAAAGAAGGUGAAAAGAUUUUUUUCUUUUUCUUUCUACCAUUGGCUAAUUUGGUAGGUGUUUUAAGUGUUUGGUUUUACACUGCCCAUUUUAAACCAGUUUUUGGGCCAAACUUGUUUGAACUUCAAAAGAAUUGUAAAGGUUUGAUUGUGUAGUCAGUUCUAAGUGACUGUUCAGGGAAAGAUUGCAUGUUUCUCUUCGAAACCAAAACUGAUUCUUAUGGUGAAUUUACAUUGUGUCCAGUAUGUCUAUGUAUAUGGACACUAAAAACUGUUAUACAGUAUGUUUAUAUAGCAAUACUAUACACAUUUUAGAAAUGUUUUAUGACAAAAAUUGUCAAGUUUAUGGUGUUUACAUUGUUAGACAGUGUGCAUUUGUAAGAGAAUAC